AUGUCGGCCAACGUCAAUCCACCAGCAAUCGAGAAUGAGUUGACCAGAGCCAUGGAUGCAGCUUUGAGGCCGCAAACAACACACAAGAUCGGUGUCAUCGUCUGUAGUCAACGCAAGCCACGAGCAGGUCUUCAGAUCGGCACCUUUGUCCUGGAGACACUCCAACAUUUUCAAAAGACUCAUCCAAGCCCUCGUCCCUAUGAGCUGAGCCUAAUCGAUCUCAACGACCACCCUCUGCCACUCUUCAAUGAACCUGACGUGCCUUCACGGAUCAAGUCGGCAUCAGACUACAAGUAUUCGCACACCCGUGCCUGGUCUGAACUUGUCUCUUCAUACAAUGCCUUCGUCUUUGUCACUCCCCAAUACAACUGGGGCUAUCCUGCUAGUAUCAAGAAUGCCAUUGACUACCUCUUCAACGAGUGGAGGGGCAAGCCGGCAAUGGUAGUUUCCUAUGGCGGUCAUGGUGGAGGCAAGGCUGCAUUACAGUUGCUGCAAGUCUUGGAGGGGGUGAACAUGAAGGUCACCAAGGACUUUGUGGCUCUCCAGUUCCCCGACAGAGCCUUUCUUUACAAAGCGGCGCACGGCGAAAAUCUCAACCUGAAUGUGGUACCAGAAGAGGCAGAUGGUCAGGGAGUUAUUGAGACGGAGGAUCCACAGGCGAUACUCGAUGGUGUCGAUGCGACGGAUGAAGCUGCGAGGAAGGCAAAGGAGCCUCUGUGGGCAAAGGAAAGUAGAGAGCUCUGUAGCCAGUUCUGGGAGUUGGUCUCGGUCUUGAAUGGCUAA